AUGGGUAAUUGCUUCUCUGGAUCACCGCGUCAGUCAUCUCCUUCUUCGGAUAUUCGUAGUGAACGUAAUUCUCCGAAAUUUUCUGUUGAUCGCGGCAGUAUCGAGCCAUUGAAAGAAGCGAACUGUAGUGAUGCACUGACUCCUCGAAGACAAGAAAGUCGUUGCCUGCAAGAUCCAACUUCUGGCAAAGAGGUCUUGGUUGCUUUGUAUGCUUAUGAAUCACGAGCAGAUGGCGAUCUUAGUUUCAGAAAAGGCGAUGUCAUGUAUUUGUUAGAUCACAGCAACUCAGAUUGGUGGUAUGUGAGACAUUCGAAAGGUGGUACGGGGUACGUUCCGCGGAAUUUCGUCGCAAAACAGCAAACAGUAGAGAGUGAAGAAUGGUUCGCCGGUCGAAUCGCACGCAAUCGAGCAGAAAGAUUAGUUUUGGCAAGUAAUCUUCCGAAAGGGACGUUUCUUAUACGUGAACGAGAAGCAGAUACACGGGAAUAUGCACUUACGAUUAGGGAUUCAGAUGAUCAGCGUGGAGGUACUGUGAAACAUUACAAAAUCAAACGACUGGACGGCGAUGCUGGUUUCUUUAUUACAACUAGAAGGACUUUUGCAACUCUCAGGGAUCUCGUUAGCUAUUAUUCAGAAGUAGCUGAUGGCCUUUGUUGUCAGUUAUCGUUUCCUGCACCACGUAUUGCUCCCACUCGUCCCGAUCUUUCCCAUGAUACACAGCAGAAUUGGGAAAUCCCACGAAAUCAGCUUCAGCUAAAGCGUAAGUUAGGGGAUGGAAAUUUCGGUGAUGUGUGGUACGGUAAAUGGCGUGGUAUGGUAGAAGUGGCUAUCAAAACAAUGAAACCUGGGACGAUGUCACCAGAAGCAUUUCUAGGCGAGGCCCAAAUCAUGAAACAGUGUGACCAUCCCAACCUUGUUAAAUUAUAUGCUGUUUGCACUAAAGAAGAACCAUUUUACAUCAUAACUGAAUAUAUGGUGAAUGGAGCAUUGCUUCAUUAUUUGAGGAGCGAGGGUAGCAGUCUUACUUUACAAGCGCUUGUGGAUAUGUGUGCACAGAUAGCAAAUGGUAUGAUGUACUUGGAGGAGCGAAAAUUAGUACACCGAGAUCUUGCUGCAAGAAAUGUGUUGGUUGGUGACAAGAUUUCUGGUGUCCCUGUUGUUAAAGUUGCUGAUUUUGGGUUAGCACGAAAGUUAAUGGAAGAAGAUAUCUAUGAAGCAAGAACAGGAGCAAAGUUCCCGAUAAAAUGGACUGCACCAGAGGCAGCAACUUGCGGCAAUUUUACCGUGAAGUCUGAUGUUUGGUCGUAUGGAAUUCUGUUGUAUGAGAUCAUUACCAAGGGUCAGGUACCUUAUCCAGGAAUGCAUAAUCGAGAGGUAAUAGAACAAGUGGAAUUAGGCUAUCGUAUGCCAAUGCCACGUGGAUGCCCCGAGCAAAUAUACACUGAAGUCAUGUUGAAGUGCUGGGAUAAGGUACCUGAUCGAAGACCAACUUUCGAUUAUCUUUUCCACUUUUUCGACGAUUAUUUUGUGAGUUCGCAGCCGAGUUAUGUACCACCGUCGCAAAAUUAA